AUGCUCAAGCCCAAGGACCUGUGUCCCCGAGCGGGUACGCGCACCUUCCUCGAGGCCAUGCAGGCGGGCAAAGUGCACUUGGCCCGUUUCGUGCUGGACGCCCUGGACCGCAGCAUCAUCGACUGCCGCGCGGAGCAGGGCCGCACGCCGCUCAUGGUGGCCGUGGGGCUGCCCGACCCGGCGAUGCGCUCGCGCUUCGUGCGGCUGCUGCUCGAGCAGGGCGCCGCCGUGAACCUGCGCGACGAGCGCGGCCGCACGGCUCUCAGCCUGGCGUGCGAGCGAGGCCACCUGGACGCCGUGCAGCUGCUCGUGCAGUUCAGCGGGGACCCCGAGGCGGCGGACUCGGCCGGCAACAGCCCCGUGAUGUGGGCGGCGGCGUGCGGCCACGGGGCGGUGCUCGAGUUCCUGGUGCGCUCCUUCCGCCGGCUGGGCCUGCGCCUCGACCGCACCAACCGGGCGGGCCUCACCGCGCUGCAGCUGGCCGCCUCCGGGGGCCACGGGACCUGUGUGCAGGCCCUCACCGGGCCCUGGGGCCGGGCCGCCGCCGCCGCCGCCGCCCGGGGUUCCAACUCCGACAGCCCCCCUGGCCACCCGGCCCCGGCGCCCAGCCCCGAGCGUCGACGACCCAGCCCCCGGCGUCUGCCGCGGCCUCUGCUGGCCCGCUUCGCGCGAGCGGCGGGCGGCCACGGCCACGGUCACGGCGUUGAGCCUGCCUCGGCCGGGAAGGGCUCGGGCCGGCACCGGGCACCAGGCAGCGAGCGGCCAGAGCUGGGCCGGAGUAUGAGCCUAGCUCUGGGUGCCAUGACGGAGGCGGAGACGGCCCGCCUGCGGGCGGGGGCCCUGAUGGCCAGAGCAAACUCACCCCAGUCUUCGGGGAGUGGGCGGUGGCGCUCACAGGAGGUGCUGGAGGGAGCGCCCCCAACCUUAGCGCAAGCCCCCCCUAUUGGCCUUAGUCCUCACCCAGAGGGUGGCCCCGGUUCGGGCCGCCUGGGUUUGCGUAGACGUUCCACAGCCCCAGACAUCCCCAGCCUGGUCGGGGAGAGUCCAGGGCACAGUAGCGGCCCGGAGAUCGAGGCCAACGCUCUCUCCUUCUCGAUGCCUGGGCCGAAGCCUUGGCAGGCGGGCACGGAGGCUGUGGUGCUGCAGGCUCAGCGGUAAAGAGGGUGAAGGCGGAUCCCCGAAACUCCCCCCCCCACUACCCUCUGGUCCUUUCUUCCAGGUCCUUCACUUUCUCUGAACCCCCCCCCCCAAAUGCCUAAGAACCUGACCCCACUACCAAAAGGAGACCUCCACCAGUUCUCCACCAGAAGUAAGAGGGAUUCCUUUU